AUAUGGGACGAUAUAACAAUGAUUUUGGGAACGUUUGGUCAGGCACUUCAAGGGUUUUCAUUAACCGUUUACGAUGAGUUUAGAGCACCCGUUCCCCUACCUUAUAAUCUUUGGGCACUGUGCCCUGGCCUACAAAUUACCAUCCCAUCCGCCACGAGCUGGAGACUGGAACAGUUCGAAAUGGAUAUAGGCUGGUUGGCUUUGCAGCAGAAGCUUAAAAUUUUCGAUGAAGACAACUUGAAGACCGCCUACAGAUUUUUCGAUCAUAUACAACGCAAAGGGCCAUGCCUGAAAGAUAGAUAUGGUGAAGAUAUGGAGAGUGAACCAGCAAAAGGCUUCAUGCUUUGGAUCCAAGAAGCAAUCACCUCCAUAGAUGUGAUAGAGACAUACAUUGAUUUCGAAGGCGAAUUUUCUGCAGACUCUGAAUUAGAAGCAGAGUUUACUAGCAGUGAAGGAGAGUAUGAUUAUCCGAGUGGUGACAGUGAAUCUGACCAAUUCGCCGAUUACGACUACCUUUGGUGGGAUAAUGAAUGGAUGGAUAGAUGGUGGCAAAGCCUUACGUGGAUGCCACUGACCGCCACCUCGAUCCCAGAUGUAAUCACAAGGGCUGUUGAUCGAAUGCCGAUAGAACUUUGGAGCCUCAUCCUUCUCAGUGCGGUGCAUAAUUCACUUCUCCCUUCUUCCGACAAAUCUCUCCUCGCAAGUAUUCGAGCUUUCAACAACCACUUGGAAAUCUUUCGAGAAACCUACGAGACAUAUGGUCGACUACAGCUGGUCUGUAGUGAAGACCCAUCUUUUAUUCCCUUUUCGGCUGUGCGGGUCGACAUUGGAAACGAAGAAACUUUCGUUUCCGAGCUCCCUGGGUCAUUAUUUUCACUAGAGUAUGCAGAAUCCAAAAAGCUCCGUUAUCGUGUCGAAUAUCCUGCAGUCGAAGCCCUAGCCUUUAUGGAUAACCCAGAUUAUUGUGCAAAUUUGAACCUAUUUCCAAAUUUACAACUUCUAUCUACGGUGUACUUGGAUCCAGAUCAUGUCUUGUCUACCUUUCCGACACUUUUCAUCAAUCUCACUCACCUACAAGUUCCUCGAAUAUAUGCCGCGAAAGAUCAGACUGUGGAAGGCGACCUGGCCUUUCCACAUCUUCACACCCUAAAUAUUGAUAUCACGGCCCAAUUUGUAUACCGAGGAAAGGGUCCUAUGACGUCAUGGUGGGUAAAUCCAGGAAACACUCUAGAUUGCUUGAACUGGUCGCUACCAAGUCUCAUCAAUCUUGGGUUCCGCGGAGUAGAUCAGGCGAGAUACAGCGACAUAGAGGACCUCCUCGAGAAAUUUGGCCUAGUAUUGAAAGGUCUGGACCUAUUGUCCAGAUUUGACCGAGUUGCAUGCGUCAUUGACGAAUCUGACGCGUCGAGCUGGAGGGUCGACUCCUUUGAGAUGGACACUAGCUGGUCUAUGAUUCAAGAGCGACUGGAGGAUUUCUCCCGGGAAAGCUUGGAAAUGGCUUUCAAUUUCUUCGAUCAAAUUAGACAAGAUGGGCCGUAUCUCGAGGAUAGACACGGAGAGGGUAUGGAUAGCGCCGCGGGACAAGCAUUUAUGAACUCACUCAAAACAAUAACGGAGAUGAAAUUGACGAAAAAAAGCCCAAAAGAGGACUUGGCUGAUGAUCCAGAGGCGGAAUUUACAGAUAGUGAAGACGAGGACCCCUCUAAUGAGGGUGGCUACGGUGAAGAUGUAGAGAAAGUCGAUUACUCCUACUUCCUCGAAGGCGAUUGUCUCCGUCAUUGGAAUGACCCCCACCGCGAUGACAAUGACGAGGACUAUUGUCCAGAAGAUGAGAGCUGUGAGAGCGAAUAG